AUGGAAGUGGAUAAUACCGAAAACCAAAAUGAAGGCGACCAGGAUUGGCGUCUACUUACGGCAAAAUCCAGAGCAAACUACUGUUCCGAGCGUGCUGCUCUCUUUGAUAGUGAGAACCAUCUCCGGUUGGAUGCCCCAGCUAUUCUUCGAAAGUCCAAUGAAAUGGAUAAUUUCAGCCACUAUUUGACAGGAAAUGAGUCGGUUUCGAAAUCCAAUAGUUUGUUGGAAAACGAGGAACCAUACAUUUUGGAAUACGAUGUCGCUGGUGGCUUGCCUGGCAUCAAGUAUCGUGGAGUCAGCACCGAAGACCAAGACAAAUAUGAGCAGGAACUUGUGGAUAAGUUCUUGGAAGUCGCCGAAGCAGAUGCAAAUAGUAUCAAAUCGGCAUUUGCUUUAUCCCAGGACUCUGGCUUAAACAAAGUGUACACCGAGACAAUCACCGAGAUACAAGAAGUAAGAAAGAUUUGCUCCAAGAUCUCUCUUGUUAGACAAAUGCAGACUCAGUCGUUUGUUCACCACUCGCAAAUGAAGCAGCCCGAGAUCGAAACUAUCAAAGAGAUUGAUAUUGAUCCGAUUCUGAAACUUUCCAACCACGAUCCAUUUCACGAGCUGAUUCAAUAUCCUGUUCUUCGACGUAAUAUUGCAAAGAUUGCAAUGCAAACCGGGUUUGAAACCACUCAGCCAUUUGCAAUCAAUACCUUGACUCAGGUGGCUGCUCGUUACAUGAGCAAUUUGAUCAAAACCGUCAAAACUCACUGUGAGCUGGUGUCUCUGAAUCACUUGAGUAACGCCGAGGUAAUCUUGGUUUCUCUCGUGGAAAAUGGGGUCAAUAAACCCGAUGAUCUUUAUACUUUUGUCAAGGAACGAGUGUUGAAGCAACAAGCCAAGCUUAAAGAUCUUCGUCAAAAGUUGUCCAAUUUCUUACGGGACCUCUUGCGGCCCGGAUUGGAAAAUUUCAAUGAACGGAGCUUUGAAGACAACAGUGAGCAGUUUAUCACGGGAGAUUUCUCGAGUGAUUUGGGUGAUGAUUUCUUUGGAUUCAAAGAGCUUGGGUUGGACAAAGAGUUCAAAAUGCUCUCGCUGUCGAUUCCCAUCUACCUUCUUCAUUCGAGAUUGCACAACUCGUACUCUAGUACUGGAAACGAAUUGAAGAGAAAUAAGUAUAGCGACCUUGAAGACCUUCCACCAAUCAAGCUAGCGGCUUCAGACAUCAAUGACCAAAUCGAACUAGUAAAACCAUUUUACCAGCAACUAGUGGAGAAAACAAAGUCUCAUUACGUCAAAUCACAAAAGAAAAAAGGAGAAUCUACCGAACUACCACCAGACGAAGAAUUGUACAUUAUAGAGGAUGAAGAGCUUCCUCAGAAACAGAGGAAUGUUCGCCCCAGACUUCCACCAACAGGAAAGAUUUCCUCAACCAAGAAGAAGCCACUUUCUUCUGGCUACUUUUUACCCGAGGUAGCUUAA